AUGGCUUUGGCCACAUAUCAUCUGUGGAACAUGAAAUCGCAAAUUGUUCUAUUCUUUUGUUUUUGGAUCGUGUUGAUUUCAGCUAAAGAAGAAAAAGGAGAGACAAAUCUUAAAGAAUCUGAAACGUUAAGCUAUCAUUACGGUUUACCACAUAUCGGUUAUGGUGGAUUAAGUGCUUACGGUGGUUUAGGAGGAUACGGCGGUUUAGGAGGUUAUGGUGGAAUUAAAGGUAUCGAGUAUGGUGGAUUAGGAGGAGCAAAAGGUUUCGGAUAUGGUGGAUUAGGAGGAGCAAAAGGUUUCGGAUAUGGUGGAUUAGGAGGAGCAAAAGGUUUCGGAUAUGGUGGAUUAGGAGGAGUAAAAGGUUUCGAAUAUGGUGGAUUAGGAGGAGCGAAAGGUAUCGGAUAUGGUGGAUUAGGAGGCCUUAAAGGUAUCGGCUAUGGUGGAUUAGGAGGCCUAAAAGGUAUCGGUUAUGGUGGCUUGGGAGGAUUUGGUGGAUUAGGUGGCUACGGUGGUGGUUUAGGUGGCUACGGUCAUGGUCACGGUGGUUACGGCGGAUACGGAGGUCACGGAGGUUACGGAGCUCAGGGAGGCCACGGCCAUCUGAACAAAAAUUAUGGAAAUGUCGGUUACGGAGGUUACGGUGGACACGGACUGUACGGAAGCAAAGGUUAUGGAAAUGCUGGUUUGACAGGAGGAGGUUCCUUCGGUGAUAAAGGUUUGUACGGAGGACAGUACGGUAAAUUUGGACAAUUUGGAAACAAAGGUGGUUUCGUCCGGGAUAAAGGUUACGGUUACGAAAAAGCUUACGGAUACGAUAAACAAGUAGGACUUCAAGAUGCUGGAGGUACCGCAGGAAGUUUUGGAUUACAACACGGCGCUCACGGAAAAUUUGGUAACUUAGGCGUGGGAAAAUACGAUCAGCACGGACACGGCCACUUCGGAUCUCUUGGACAAUACGGCAAACACGGUUUAGGAAGUUAUGGCAAUUUACACGCCGGACAUGGCCACGGAGCUGUUGGAGCAGGAGGAUUGAAAUAUGGAGGUGGAGCCGGUGCAGUUGGUGGAGGGCUGAAAUAUAUACCUGUAGGCUUUUAUGGUUAA